AUGAGUUGGGAACAACCGAUCGAGGGCGACACGGAGCACGACCCGAAUGGCGUCGGCGGCGACUACGGCCUCGCGCCGGGGCUCGCCGUGUCGCAGGAAGACGCCUGGGCCGUGAUCUCGAGCUACUUUGAAGAGAAGGGACUCGUGCGGCAGCAGUUGGACUCGUUCGACGAGUUCAUUCAGAACACGAUGCAGGAGCUCGUGGACGACUCGCGCUCGAUCCGCAUCAACCCCGAGCCGCAGUACGCGCCCGGCCAGGCCAAGACCAACACGGACACGAUCUACAACAUCUCGUUCGGCCAGAUCUACCUCUCGAAGCCCACGAUGACCGAAGCCGAUGGCUCGACGAGCGUCAUGUUCCCGCACGAGGCGCGGCUGCGGAACCUCACGUACUCGGCGCCGCUGUAUGUCGACGUGAUGUGUCAGAAGUACCAGGCGCCCGCUUCCGGGCCGGCGAACCUCGAAGACAUGGAGCCGUACGACCAAGUGGAGACCCCCAAGGAGUUCAUCGGCAUGGUGCCCAUUAUGCUGCGCUCGCAGUACUGCGUGUUGACGCACAAGACGGACAAGGAACUCACGGAGCUCAAUGAGUGCGUCUAUGAUCAAGGCGGCUACUUUAUCAUCAAUGGAAGCGAAAAGGUGCUCAUUGCUCAGGAACGCAUGAGCAACAACCACGUGUACUGUUUCCGCAAGAAUGCGGCGUCCAAGUACAGCUGGGUCUGUGAAACGCGGUCUCACGUUGAACACGGCGUGCGGCCGACCAGUACAAUGUACGUGCAGAUGUACCAGAAGGGCGGCGGCAAGAGUGCUAUCACGGGCAACCAGAUUCGGGCAGUGAUCCCGUACAUUCGCCAGGAUAUCCCGGUCGUCAUUAUCUUUCGUGCGCUCGGAUUUGUGGCAGAUCGAGAAAUUUUAGAACACAUUUGCUAUGACUUUUCUGACGCGGAGCUGAUGGAACGUUUCAAGUCGUCGCUGGAAGAAGCAUUUGUCAUUCAAGAGCAGGAAGUCGCACUGGAUUUCAUUGGACGACGUGGUAGCGCCAUCAAUGUGAGCAAAUCCGACCGUAUUCGCUAUGCACAGGAUAUCUUGCAGAAGGAGAUGCUGCCUCACGUUGGUGUGGAAGAUCACAAUGAAACUAAGAAAGCGUAUUUUCUGGGCUACGUGGUACACAAGUUGCUGAUGUGCUCACUUGGUCGCAUAGGCGAGGAUGACCGUGAUCACUAUGGUAACAAGCGACUGGACUUGGCCGGUCCCCUGCUUGGCGGUUUGUUUCGUAUACUGUUCAAAAAGCUCACCAAGGACGUGAAGUCGUUUUUGCAGAAGUGUGUAGACAACGGCAAGGACUUCAAUCUGACGCUUGCCAUCCGCUCACGCACGAUCACGAACGGUUUGCGGUAUUCGCUGGCCACUGGUAACUGGGGCAUGCAAAAGAGCGCCUCGAAGGCUGGUGUCUCGCAGGUGCUCAAUCGGCUAACGUACGCUUCGUCGCUGUCUCACUUGCGUCGGUUGAACACACCUCUUGGCCGCGAAGGCAAGCAGGCUCAGCCUCGUCAGCUGCACAAUACGCAUUGGGGUAUGAUUUGUCCCGCUGAAACGCCCGAAGGACAGGCCGUCGGACUUGUGAAGAAUUUGGCGUUGAUGGCUUACAUCUCUGUGGGAUCGCCGCAAGCUCCCAUUCUGGAAUUCUUGGAAGAGUGGGCAACUGAAAACUUGGAGGAGAUCAAGCCGCAGAUUAUUCCACACUCCACGAAAAUUUUCGUGAAUGGAAACUGGGUGGGUGUGCAUCGUGAACCGAACGAGCUGAUUCGCACGCUGCGAUCGCUUCGCCGAUGUGUCGACAUCGAUGCCGAAGUGUCGGUGAUUCGAGACCUAAUGAACAAGGAGUUGCGCAUUUAUACGGAUGCUGGUCGUGUAUGCCGUCCCCUGUUUAUUGUCGAGGACAACCAGCUGCUGCUACAAAAGGAGCAGGUGGUGAAGUUACAGAACCACAAGAUUACCAACUACUGUUGGCAUAAUCUGCUAACGGAUGGUGUGGUGGAACUCAUUGACACGGAGGAAGAAGAAGUGUGUAUGAUUGCAAUGGAGCCCAAGGAUGUCGGCACGGGCUCACAGAUCCAUACGCACUGCGAGAUUCACCCGUCCAUGAUUUUGGGUAUCUGUGCCAGCAUUAUUCCGUUCCCCGAUCACAACCAGUCACCGCGUAACACGUACCAGUCUGCUAUGGGUAAGCAGGCUAUGGGUAUCUACUGUUCCAACUUCCGCGCAAGAAUGGACACUAUGGCCAACGUCUUAAACUACCCUCAAAAGCCUUUGGUAACUACGCGUGCGAUGGAGUAUCUGCAUUUUCGUGAAUUGCCAUCAGGUAUCAAUGCAAUUGUGGGUAUUGCAUCGUACACGGGCUACAACCAGGAAGAUUCGUUGAUCAUGAAUCAGAGCGCAAUCGAUCGCGGCUUUUUCCGCUCUACUUUCUACCGCUGCUACAUUGACCAAGAACGGAACAAGAGUCCACACGGUGGCCCCGGUGGUGGCGCUGGCGGUGCCAACUGCGAAGAAUUCGAGAAACCGUCUCGUGAGAACUGCCUGGGUCUGCGCCACGGCAGCUAUCACAAACUAGACAACGAUGGUCUUGUUGCUCCCGGCACUCGCGUCAGUGGCAACGAUAUUAUCAUCGGCAAGACGUCGCCUUUGCCCCAGUCUGAAGAUUCCUCUCUCGAGCAGCGCCACCACAAGCGCGAUGCAAGCACAGCGCUGCGCUCUCACGAAAACGGCAUUAUCGACAGCGUGAUGCUCACGACAAAUGCCGACGGCUUUAAGUUUACAAAGGUGCGCUUCCGCAACAUCCGAGUGCCGCAGAUUGGCGACAAGUUUGCGUCACGUCACGGACAGAAGGGAACGAUUGGUAUGACGUACCGCCAGGAAGAUAUGCCGUUUACGGUGGAGGGCAUUACGCCGGACAUUGUUGUCAAUCCUCACGCUAUUCCGUCGCGUAUGACAGUGGGGCAUCUCGUGGAGUGUCUGCUCGGCAAAGUGUCGUCGCAAACGGGCGACGAGGGUGACGCCACUCCGUUCACCGACGUGACGGUCCAAGCCAUCGCUGAUACACUGCACAAUUUGGGCUACCAGAAGCACGGAAACGAGGUCAUGUACAGCGGCCACACGGGGCGUCGCCUGACAGCUCAGAUUUUCAUCGGACCCACCUUUUACCAGCGCCUGAAGCAUAUGGUCGACGACAAGAUCCACUCGCGCUCGCGUGGGCCCGUGACAAUGCUGACGCGCCAGCCGAUGGAAGGUCGUGCUCGGGAAGGUGGACUACGUAUGGGGGAGAUGGAGCGCGAUUGCCUCAUCUCGCACGGCUCGGCCAAUUUCCUCAUGGACCGCCUCUUUGCCAACUCGGAUGCCUACCGAGUCCACGUGUGCGACAUCUGCGGGAUCAUUGCGAUCGCCAACUUGCGCAAGAUGACGUUCGAGUGCCGCACGUGCCGCAACAAGACGCAGAUCUCGCAGGUCCACAUUCCCUACUCUUGCAAACUGCUGUUCCAGGAGCUCAUGUCCAUGUCGAUUGCGCCGCGACUGUUCACGCUGGGCAACCCGAACGUGGAUCGCGUCCGCCAGUCGUAG